UGAUUCAUCUUUGUUUAUCAACCUUCAUUUCUCAUAUGGAUUCAAUAAGCUCAAUUGGAGUUUCCAUAGCCAUCAUUUGCUUUCUCAUCCUCCAUUGCUUCCCCUUCAAGAAACAUCUUUACCGGUUCUUUAUAAUUAGCUGGCCGGUUGUUGGGAUGAUUCCGGGUCUUGUCUUGGUGCUCCACCGUGUCUAUGACUUCACAGUGGAGCUUUUUGAAAGCACUGAGCUAACAUUUUUAUUCAAGGGACCGUGGUUCGUUGGAAUGGAUAUGCUGCUCACAGCUGAUCCAGCUAAUAUUCACUACAUAGUAAACUCAAACUUCUCCAACUUUGUUAAAGGUUCUGACUUCAAAGAAGUCUUUGAUGCCUUCGAAUAUGCUUUACUCACAAAGGACUCGGUGGCAUGGAAGAAUCUGAGGAAAGCUACUCAUGUCAUGAUCAACCAUCAAGGAUUUCAAAGAUUGUCAAUGAGUACCAUGAGAGGUAAACUCAAGGAUGGGCUUGUUCCAUUUUUUAAUCAUACCGCUGAGGAAGGCACAACCGUAGAUUUACAAGAAGUGUUCCGGAGGUUCACGUUUGAUAUAACUCUAGUUACUGUAACUGGGUGUGAUGAUCCUAGAUCUCUCUCCAUUGACAUGCCAGAGGUUGAGUCGGCUAAAGCUCUAGACGAUAUAGUAGAAGGGAUAAAGUAUAGGCAUGUUAAACCUAGAUUCUUGUGGAAGCUGCAAAAAUGGACUGGAGUCGGGAUAGAGAAGAAGAUGACAGAAGCUGGUGCCAUUUUUGAUAGAGUGUGUGCAAAAUACAUAUCAGCCAGGAGAGAAGAGAUAAAAAGAUCACAAGGGAUUGAUCAUGACCAUUGUGAUGGAGAAAGUGAAGAUCUUUUGACAUCUCAUAUAAAGCUUGAUACAACCAAGUACCAGCUCUUGGAUCCUAUCAAUGAUAAAUUCCUUAGAGAUAAUGUCUUAGCUUUAAUACUAGCUGGGAGAGAUACCAUUGCCUCUGCUCUCACUUGGUUCUUCUGGCUUUUGUCUGAAAACCCUAAAGCGAUGACUAAGAUUCGCCAAGAGAUUAACAAGAUUCUACCAAGAAGUAGUAGUAGUAGUUGCCAAGAGACGCCAUCUUAUGAUCCAAUGGAGUGCGUAAACAAGUUAAUGUAUCUACAUGCCGCAUUGUGUGAGACAAUGAGGCUUUACCCACCGGUCCCUCUCGAGCGUGUGUCUCCUCUAGAAUCAGAUGUGCUUCCAAGUGGACAUAAAGUCGAAGCAAACUCAAACAUUUUGAUCUUCAUUUAUGGGGUUGGUAGGAUGAGAGCUGUAUGGGGAGAAGAUGCCUUAGACUUCAAGCCAGAGAGAUGGAUUUCGGAGACCGGAGAGUUGAGACAUAUACCUGCCUUCAAGUUCUUAGCUUUCAAUGCUGGCCCAAGAAUAUGCUUGGGUAAGCAAUUAGCUAUGAUUCUAAUGAAGAAUGUGGCGGUGGAGAUAUUACAAAACUAUGACAUUAAGGUUGCCACAGGGCAGAAGUUUGAACCGGAUACUAGUUUAAUUCUUAGAAUGAAGCAUGGAUUUAAGGUUACAAUUAACAAGAGAUGUUCAGGUUAAUAUUAGUGAAAUAAUUAUGUUGUGUUUCUCCCACGUCGCUAAAGAAAUCUUAGUUGGUCAAAAAAAAAAAAACUUCAGUAGUGACUUGUUUACCAUUUCGGGGUUUUUACCUAUAUUUCUUAAACCAAUUCGGACUUAAGAAACUUAACUGUUACUUCUUGUUUUUAUUUAUUUAUAGUAUGUCAGUUUGACCACUGAUUUAGAAAAAAGAUGUGUAAAAGAUUUGGGAAGAACA